AUGCCAGUGGGUCCAAGGCCCAGCCUGGCUCUUCUGCAGCGCCGGGGCUCCGCACGGACCCCGCUCCCGCAGCCCGUGUGCCGCCAGCGCUCCGGGCCGGGCCGAGCGGGCAGCGGCACCGCCGGGAGCGCCGCGCGCGGCCCGGGGCGCCAGCCCGGCACCGCCACUCCGCGGGCCCGGACCGCGCAUGCGCCCCGACACCCCCCGGAGCCCAGGGCCCGCCGCCGCCUCCGUUCAAAGCGGGCUCGUCCGCUCCGCUCCCGCCCGCCCGCGCGUCCCCUCACCCGAGCGGGCUCCAGCCUCACGCCAGCCCUCGGCUCCGCCCCUGCAGCACGCCCGAGCCUGCCCCGACUGCGGGGCCGCCCAGCGGCGACAAGGCCCGCCGGCGCCGAGCCGCGGCCGCAGGGUGGGGACGGGCCGCGGCCGCCUCACUCGGCCCCGCCGCUUCCCGCCGCGCCGCCGCCCGCGGCCGCCAUCUUGGGCAGGCAGACAAGGGACCGCGCCAGCGCCGGCCAGCCGAGCGCCGAGCGCCUCCAACGCGGCGCCCGCGGGGCGGGGCGCCGGCUUGCCGAGCGCAUCGAUGUCCGGCGCGGCGCGUCCCCGCGGGGCCGUGCGGCACUCGGGGACACACACGGGACACACACGGGACACACACACCGGGUGUCUGUGCCCGCCCGGGCUCCGACCCCACCACCACCACUGCAGGCGUGCCCACGUUCGCCCUAG